CGUCACGCUUCUGUUUUUUAAAGUAAAAAACAUGUCUGGUGGGGCUGAGAAGGCAAAUGACCGCCAUAAUAUUCGGGACAAUAACUACCACAAUAAUUGUCCUGACCACCGAAUGGACGUCGAUAUUGAUACUGGACAUACGGUAACAAACAGAGGAGACUUGGAUACUAGUACUCAAGCUCCCUGUUCUUCAAAUGGCAGUGGCGGAGAGGAGGAUGAGUCGGAGGCCAUUGACCGGGAGAGAGAAGCCGGGGACUCUAGUAAUCAGCACGCCGCUGAUGGAACCGUGCUAGGCUGCGGCAGAGAGCAAGAGGUGUCGGUCGAAAUCGGAGAGACCUAUUUGUGUCAAAGAGCAGAUAAGACAUGGCAUUCCGCUGAAGUUAUUCAGUCCAGGCUGAACGAACAAGAGGGCAGGGAGGAAUUCUAUGUGCAUUAUGUGGGAUUUAACAGGCGCUUGGACGAGUGGGUGGGCAAGGCCAGGCUUGCGCUGACCAAGACGGUAAAAGAUGCAGUGAGGAAGAGCGUGGAGGGAGGUGGGGGGGGAGAGCUCGGAGAGCAACCCGAAAGGAAGAUUACCCGCAACCAGAAACGCAAGCAUGACGAGAUCAACCACGUUCAGAAGACAUAUGCCGAAAUGGACCCUACAACAGCCGCCCUUGAAAAGGAGCAUGAAGCGAUCACUAAAGUAAAGUAUGUGGACAAGAUCCAAAUUGGGAACUUUGAGAUUGACGCCUGGUACUUCUCGCCAUUUCCUGAGGACUACGGCAAGCAGCCCAAGCUGUGGAUCUGCGAGUACUGCCUGAAGUACAUGAAGUAUGAGAAGAGCUUCAGAUACCACCUGUCCCAGUGCCAGUGGAGGCAGCCUCCAGGGAAGGAGAUCUAUAGGAGGAGCAACAUCUCUGUGUAUGAGGUGGAUGGACGCGACCACAAGAUAUACUGUCAGAACCUCUGUCUCUUGGCCAAGCUCUUCCUGGACCACAAAACGCUGUACUUUGAUGUAGAGCCAUUUGUCUUCUACAUCUUGACUGAAGUCAACAGGCAGGGGGCGCACAUAGUGGGCUACUUCUCCAAGGAGAAGGAGUCCCCAGACGGAAAUAAUGUGGCUUGUAUCCUCACCCUGCCCCCUUACCAGCGAAGAGGCUAUGGAAAAUUCCUCAUAGCAUUCAGUUACGAGCUCUCGAAACUGGAGAGCACGGUGGGUUCUCCUGAGAAGCCGUUGUCUGACCUGGGCAAGCUGAGCUACAGGAGCUACUGGUCUUGGGUCCUGCUGGAGAUACUGAGAGACUUCAGGGGCACGCUGUCCAUCAAAGACCUCAGCCAGAUGACCAGCAUCACCCAGAGUGACAUCAUCAGCACGCUGCAGUCCCUCAACAUGGUGAAAUACUGGAAGGGCCAGCAUGUAAUCUGUGUCACUCCCAAAUUGGUCGAGGAGCACCUUAAGAGUGCACAGUACAAGAAGCCGCCCAUUACAGUGGACACCGUGUGUCUGAAGUGGGCCCCCCCGAAACACAAGCAGGCCAAGUUCUCUAAGAAGUGAUAGAACCAGUCCCACCGUGUCCAACAUCUAACAAAGCAUGUCAUUUGCCAAUCUCAGCCAUCUUGUCGUCUUUCUUUUGAAUAUCAAACUCUUUGUUGUAAAGAGGAACCAACAUAUGUACAUAGCAGUGAUGUCUCAGUCAUUCAUUUCGUUUUUUUAAUAAACAAGAAUAGUGAUGUUCA